AAAUACAAAAUAAACUCUUUUCACAAUAACACCUCUUUAAAUUGGUAUUUUUCAAAGUUAAAAACAAUUAGAACUUGAUGCCUUGAUGUGUUGAUGGGGACGUCUCUGCAACCAGAUCUAGUCCUUUUUGUUAAUAAUAAGUAUGGCAGAAAUACCCUUCUUUAAACAGGAAGGAAGUUAUUGAAGAAAAACUAUUUCAGACAUUUGACUUGCUGUUACCUUAACUCUGUUUGGAUAAAUUUCAACAUCUAAUUAGUUCAUCUGCUAGUUACUGUACAAUGAUAAUUCCAUAUAAAUUCUUCAAACAUUCAACCACUCUUUUUUGAGAUAUCAUGCUAACAAGAAUCUCAACAAAUGCACAGACAGAUGGACAGCCACACAUAUGGACCGAGGGUAGAUAGCCAGACAAUGGGCCUUGAGUUCCUGAACGCGAAUAUGUGUUUCUGAAGAUCUGUAUGGGUAGCUUGAAAAACAGCCUAAUGCUGAAGAAAGAUGGCUUCUAACAGAGAUGUCAUUAAAAACCGUGGAUCAGGAUCAGGAUCAGCACAGAGGGACUCAAGCCAGCUUAGAGAUGGCCUUCUUUCAUUUUUGAAAACACUGGGACUUGAAAAGUACUACCCAAACAAGCUGACUCUGAGGUCUUUACUGGAAAUCAACAGUGCCACUGUGUCCAAUCAAGAGAUUGACUCACUGGAAGCAAUACCAUGGGCCUUCUUAAGAAAGUUACUGAUGGUUAAUUCGAAAUCAAGAUCUGUACUAUCUGCACUUUGUGAAAAAGAUAAAGCAGGUGACUUGUUUAGUGAAGACGACAAUGAUUGUAGCCCUAACCUUCUAGAUCUUCACACUGUCCUCUUUUUCUGUGCAGAUAGUUUUCUCCAGCAAGAAAUUGCACUGAAAAUGUCAACGUGCCAGUUUGCAGUACCAUUUGUGUUGCCUCAAGGAGUAUAUAAUCAGUGCACUCUAAUGUUAUGGGCUCUUAGAUGUAUCGUGAAAGAAUGGCGCCCCCUUUCAAUGUCAGAAUCUAAAGAGUUUGUUGAAAACAGUGUUGUUCAUGCAGAAAUUCCCUUGAUAUCAUUUGUGAGGUUAAGUAACAGCAGCUUGUCCAAAUCACAGGUUUUGAACCAAGUGCUCAACAAUUCAGAGCAGCACCAUGACUUCUUUUCUCAUCGAGAAAUGAUUGGAGGUUCUGCUCCCAGGGUAAUUGCUAAUGGCAUGGUUGAAAUAUGCUGGAAUCUCCCAUGUGGGAACAAUAGCAUCGAUGUCUUUCCUGAGGCAGUGGCUAUUGCUAAUUUGAGAGGAGCUGCUGGUCCUUUUGAAACACAAUUCAGUUUUCUUAUGAAGGUAUCAGCAGCUGUCUUUGUGUUCCUGGACAGUGUCGAAGAAAAGGAGCAAAGAUUGUUUGCCUCUUUGGAAGAAAUGAAGUCCAAAAUCUUUCUUGUGGUCAACUCUCAGAGAAAUAUGACGCAGAAUGUGAAGUCAUCGAUUGAGGCAGUAAUUGAUACUCUGCAACUGGAAAGAGACCACAUAAUUAAGAAAAGCCAAAAAGUGAAUUUGGCUACUUUUGCAAAAAUGAUCAAUUCUUCCAUUAAGACUGUUCUAAGUGAAUGUCACAAAUCAUAUAGUAUUGAUUCCAUGAAGAAGACUGCUCAGGAAUUAGGUCUUGCUGUUGAUGAGAUUCAAAGAAAAGCCUGUGUAUCAGCAGAAGCAAGUGCAGAGAAAGUCAUGAAAACUAUUGGAGUUCGUCAAAUAACAGACUAUAAAAAGACACAGCUGCCACUACAAGGUGAUAAUUGGAAAAGACUGGCUAAAAUUGAAAAAGAGCAUUGCAGAUUACACAAUUCGGGAGAAUUAAGCUUAGAGAAAUAUAAGGUUCAACUUCAAAAAGAAAAGGAGGAAAUUUGGAACAGACAAAGUCAGUACAAAAUGACAAAAACAAUGGAGACCUUCAUAGAUGCUUUGUUGAGCUCUGAUGAUACUGAGCGAGCCUUCUUUCUGAAAUGGAUGGGACUAAAAUUGGACAUGCAAUCACGCAAACACAUGUCAAACCUUCGACGCAAAUACAAAGAAUGUGAACAAAAGAAAGACAGAGGCAGCAUUGUCCAAUUAGACCAGGAGCUUCUUGAUUGUUCUCUUGGUAUAGAGCACUACAUGAGAGAAAUGGGACUAAUCUAUGAGGCUGCUUUAUUUGGGACAAACAAAAUGUCUGAUAAAAUAAGUAGCCUUCCUACUCUGGCUGCCAAAAUGCUUCUGGCUGGGUUUCCUCUUGAACUACUUGAUGGAGAUGCAUCAAAUAUCCCAGAGAAAUGGGUGAGUGAUGUUCUCAUGGAGCUUCACAGGAUGGUUGGGGAGAAGAGCCGUUUGCUGGUUCUGACAGUGUUAGGGGUUCAGAGCACUGGUAAAUCAACACUGCUCAACACCAUGUUUGGAGUUCAGUUUGCAGUGGGUAGUGGACGAUGCACACGUGGAGCUUACAUGAUUUUCCUUCCUGUGGGUAAAGACUUGAAGGAAGAGUUACUUUGUGACUUUAUCCUUUUAAUUGACACAGAGGGAUUGAAAUCACCAGCACUGGCACAACUGGAAGACAGUUAUGAGCAUGACAAUGAAUUGGCCACAUUUGUGAUUGGUCUUAGUGAUGUAACCAUCAUCAAUAUAGCAAUGGAGAAUUCCACAGAGAUGAAGGAUGUCUUGCAGAUAGCAGUUCAUGCCUUUUUGCGGAUGACAGAACUUGGUAAAAAAACAGUUUGUCAUUUUGUUCACCAAAAUGUUGCUGGUGUAUCAGCAUAUAACAAAAACCUGACCGAACGAAAACAGCUCUUGGACCAACUAAAUGAGAUGACAAUGAUUGCAGCUGCGAUGGAAAAGAAGCGUAACAUAAAAAAAUUCACUGAUGUCUUGGAUUAUGAUGUGGAAAAGAAUAACUGGUACAUACCAGGCCUAUGGCAUGGCACACCACCAAUGGCACCAGUUAAUGCAGGCUACAGUGUGGCUGUUCUUGAUUUUAAGAGAACUCUCUUGGAAGUGGUUAAAGCAAGAAAGGAUGAAGAACUCUCUCAGAUCCCAGAGUUCCUGCAAUGGAUGAGUAGCUUGUGGAGGGCAGUGAAGUUUGAGAACUUCAUCUUUAGUUUCAGAAACAGUCUUGUGGCCCAUGCGUAUGACAACCUUUGCAAAGAGUUUUCAAGAUGGGAGUGGUCUUUCAGAAGACAUAUUCAAUCUUGGCUUACAACUGAAAUAGUUCAAAUAUAUAACACUGAAACAAGUGGUAAUAAUGAGGUUGUUGAGCCACUUAAACAGAAAUCACAUGAAGAGAUUGCCUCUCAAACAAAGGAAAUUACUGAAAAACUAAAAGACUACUACAAAAAGAAAGACCGCCAUGUAUACUUGGUGGAAAAGUACAAAGCUGAUUUUGCUAAUAACAUCAAAGGUCUAGAGAACGAAAUGAAGGAUGAAGUAAGAAAAACAUUAGAUGCUGCUCUUGAGAUGAAGAGUAACAAGAAGAAAUUAGAAGACAUUCACAGAAAGCAAACUGCAAUGAUUGAGUGCCAAGUCCUUCAACUUCUGCAAAAUUACAAACAUUGUAGAGAUGAGGUGUCUGACAAAGAGCUCACAGCUGAUUUUGAGAGAAUGUGGAAAAGAGAGGUGGCAAACAUCACUGGUCUAAAAGAAAAGGAUGUUCCUUCUGAUGUUUUGAAGCAACUGCGAGCAAGUUUAGUCAAUCUCAAUGUCAUGGAGGAUUUGCACAAAGUUCAAGAUUUGACACAGUAUGGCCGAGGGGAAUUCCAGGUCAAAGAGAAACAUGUAAAAUUGGAAAAGAAAAUACAAAGUUUCUUCACACAGCGUAGCGCAAAGCAAGAUUUAGAGAUUACUGCAAAGGGUAUAAUUAAGUACUGCGAUAAAAUCAUUCAGCAGCAUGCACAAGAAAAAUGUGAUUACCAAAACACCUUCACAAAAGAUGUGCUAGAGGAAAUUGAUGAACAGCUCCAACAUGCAGGUUCAAAAAUAAAUACAAAAUUUGAACUUGACCUUAAAUUGCACAUUUGUGGCAUUGCCUCUCGGAAAUUCCUUGAGAUGCACAGGAAAUUCCUCACUGAGCAAGAUCCCUUUAAACACUUGCAGAAAUUUAAGAGUCAGUAUCUCUCUGAUUUCAUUGAUUUGUACAGAGAGAGGGACCAGUGUCAAAGGAAAGCACGAGACUUCACUCAGCUCUGUCUCAAGCCAGCAGUGACUGAGUACAUUAACCAGUCCCUUGGACCUGACAUUGUUGAUGCAGUUCUGCUAAACAACCCAACUGAGUAUAGCUCUCGAGUGCUGUUUCAAUACACAAUUCAAAAGGAGCUACUGGAAAAAUCAAACUUUGAUGAUUUUAAGAAGUACAUUCUGCAAUAUAGUGCUUACGUCAAAGACUGGAUAUACAAUCAUAUAGUUAAAUGCCUGUCCAAGGACAUAUCUCUGCAAAAUUUAAAAAUGAAGAAGUUGGACAUCAUAAUGAAGAGGAUCAUGAAAGAAAUGGAAGCUUCUAAGCUUGAUGACAAUGGGUCUCCUUUGCCCAAUAAUGCAGGAGGUACAACAAGGUUGAUCCAGAACUUUUGCAAAUCUAUGAGCCGUGUCAUCUCAAUAUCCAUGAACACAGUGGAAGGGGUCCUCUUUCAGAAUACAAGCUGUUGUGCUCCCUUCACCAAAAGUCUCUAUGAAUGUAUAGAUGACAUGAAACGACAGCUAACAGAGGAAAUCUCCAGGUCAACUGAUAUCAAAGAGACACUCAACAAUGUGUCUGUGAAGCCCCAAAACGAGCUCUUUAAGAGGGUGUUUGGAUGUGGGAGAAAGUGUCCCUUUUGCAAAACACCAUGUGAGGCAGGAGGAAAGAAACAUCGACAACACCAUGCAGGUCUACAUAGACCAAAAGGACUUGGCGGUUUUGUAUAUGCAAAGACUAAUACUCUCUGUGAAGAGAUCUGUACAUCUAGUGUACAUGGGAAUGGAACGUUUCGAAGUCAUGAAACAAAUUUUGAACCUCAUCCCUGCAAAGACUACAAGAAGUACUACCCAGACUGGCAUAUUGCACCUGACAUGUCUAUGAAGGCCUCAGAUUACUGGAAGUAUGUGAUGGUGACAUAUAAUGACAAAUUUGCUAAACAGUUUGAAGCAGAACCAGCUGUGUAUCCAGAUGAAUGGAAGAAAAUCACUAAAGAGCAGGCGCUUAUUAGUCUGAAGAAUAACUUCAAUAUUAAAUGAGAAAAAACUUCCAAAAUGUCACAGCAAAAAUACUGGUAUUUGUGAAGAGAACACAAAGUCUAACUGAACAAUACAAUUAAAAAAUAUUCACAGUUCCAUCACUCAUGUUAUUGCUCAGGUGUGCUAGUUAUGUUUGUCUGUUGAGCCAUCUUUUUGUUAUACUGAAAAAUCGGCUCAUCCUUAAUUAUAUAUUAUUUGUCUGAUAACAUUUUUGUGGUUUCUGUAUUAUAUAUUUCUGUAUUUGCGAUGUUAAUUCAGAUGUUACAAUGAUGUUUUUUAAUCACUUUGUUACAGUUGUUACAACUUUGUUAGAAAUGUUACAAUUAUGUUUAUUAACUGAACUAACUACAUAAACAAACAUAAAUAUAUUAAUCUGUAAAUCAAAAUUGGUUGGAACGUCAAAUGUGAUUUCAGUGUGCUUUAAAAAUAAACUAAUAUCUCCCAUAUUUAUCAGAUUUCUAUGAGUCAUCCAU